AAGAAUUACUUUAAGGACUUGCCCAAAGCCCACACCGCCUGUGAGGGGGCUCUGAACGGGAUGACAUUUUACGUGGGGCUGCAGGCUGAGGAUGGGCACUGGACGGGUGACUACGGUGGCCCGCUUUUCCUCCUGCCAGGCCUCCUGAUCACUUGCCACGUGGCACGCAUCCCUCUGCCAGCCGGAUACAGAGAAGAGAUUGUGCGGUACCUGCGGUCAGUGCAGCUGCCCGACGGUGGAUGGGGCCUGCACAUUGAGGAUAAGUCCACCGUGUUUGGGACUGCGCUCAACUAUGUGUCUCUCAGAAUUCUGGGCGUUGGGCCUGACGAUCCUGACCUGGUACGAGCCCGUAACAUUCUUCACAAGAAAGGUGGUGCUGUGGCCAUCCCCUCCUGGGGGAAGUUCUGGCUGGCUGUCCUGAAUGUUUACAGCUGGGAAGGCCUCAAUACCCUGUUCCCAGAGAUGUGGCUGUUUCCUGACUGGGCACCGGCACACCCCUCCACACUCUGGUGCCACUGCCGGCAGGUGUACCUGCCCAUGAGCUACUGCUAUGCCAUUCGGCUGAGUGCCACGGAGGACCCGCUGGUCCAGAGCCUCCGCCAGGAGCUCUAUGUGGAGGACUUCGCCAGCAUCGACUGGCCGGCACAGAGGAACAACGUGGCCCCCGACGAGCUGUACACGCCGCACAGUUGGCUACUCCACGUGGUGUAUGCGCUCCUCAACCUCUAUGAGCGCCACCACAGUGCCCACCUGCGGCAGCGGGCCGUGCAGAAGCUGUAUGAACACAUUGUGGCUGACGACCGAUUCACCAAGAGCAUCAGCAUUGGCCCGAUCUCGAAAACCAUCAACAUGCUUGUGCGCUGGUAUGUGGACGGGCCCGCCUCCACUGCCUUCCAGGAGCACGUCUCCAGAAUCCCGGACUAUCUCUGGAUGGGCCUUGACGGCAUGAAAAUGCAGGGCACCAACGGCUCACAGAUCUGGGACACCGCCUUCGCCAUCCAAGCUCUGCUUGAGGCGGGCGGGCACCACAGGCCCGAGUUUUCGUCCUGCCUGCAGAAAGCACACGAGUUCCUGCGACUCUCGCAGGUCCCAGAUAACCCUCCCGACUACCAGAAGUACUACCGCCAGAUGCGCAAGGGCGGCUUCUCCUUCAGCACGCUGGACUGCGGCUGGAUCGUCGCUGACUGCACGGCUGAGGCCUUGAAGGCUGUGCUGCUGCUGCAGGAGAAGUGUCCCUAUGUCACCGAGCACAUCCCCCGAGAGCGGCUCUGCGAUGCUGUGGCUGUGCUGCUGAGCAUGAGGAAUCCUGACGGAGGGUUUGCCACCUAUGAGACCAAGCGUGGGGGGCACUUGCUGGAGCUGCUGAACCCCUCGGAGGUCUUCGGGGACAUCAUGAUUGACUACACGUAUGUGGAGUGCACCUCCGCCGUGAUGCAGGCGCUUAAGUAUUUCCACAAGCAUUUCCCGGACCACAGGGCAGCAGAGAUCAGGGAGACCCUCACGCAGGGCUUAGAGUUCUGUCGGCGGCAGCAGAGGGCCGAUGGCUCCUGGGAAGGCUCCUGGGGGGUUUGCUUCACCUACGGCACCUGGUUUGGCCUGGAGGCCUUCGCCUGCAUGGGGCAGACCUACCGAGAUGGGACUGCCUGUGCAGAGGUCUCCCGGGCCUGUGACUUCCUCCUGUCCCGGCAGAUGGCAGACGGAGGCUGGGGGGAGGAUUUUGAGUCCUGUGAGGAGCGGCGUUAUGUGCAGAGCGCCCAGUCCCAGAUCCACAACACAUGUUGGGCCCUGAUGGGGCUGAUGGCCGUUCGGCAUCCUGACAUCGAGGCACAGGAGAGAGGAAUCCGGUGUCUGCUUGAGAAACAGCUCACCAAUGGCGACUGGCCGCAGGAAAACAUCUCCGGGGUCUUCAACAAGUCCUGUGCCAUCUCAUACACGAGCUACAGGAACGUCUUCCCCAUCUGGGCCCUCGGCCGCUUCUCCCAGCUGUACCCCGAGAGAGCCCUUGCUGGCCACCCCUGAGAACAUGCCUGCCUGCUGGGUGCCAUCGGUGUGUUCCAGUGAGGCCACGGGGUCCUGGCCGGGUAGGGGAGCCCUCCCAUAAGCCUGUCUCGGGCUCCAGCCCCUCCACCUCUGCCUCAUGGAUGUGAAUCUGGGGACCAGGCUGGAGGCAGGGAUGGGGACAGGGUGGGUGGCUUAGACUCUUAAUUUUCACUGUAGGUUCAUUUCUGAGAGUAGCUUGUCGGGCUUGGGUGAGGAAGGGGGCACAG